AUGCCUGAUGCACCAAUGAAUGAGAUCAAACGGAUAGCAAUGAUUGACUUUGGGCAUAAACGAAAAAAUUUCAAGUAUAGGGUGAAGAAAGGUAUAAAUAUACAAGCCAAUGAUACUCGCGAGAGUAUUAUUGAGUCGACACCCAACAUUACGGAGUUCGAUGCUGAGGACAUGGAGAUAGCCAUCGACACAUGGUUGACUCCGGAAGAUAAGGCAAGGGCUGAGAGGAAUAGACAAAUAUCAAAAAGUGUCAAUAAGAUAUUUCACACAUCUGGCUCGAAAAGUUACGCCAGAGUCGCGAAAGAGCUGGGUUCAAUACUACGGGCAGAAGAUGAUGCUCUUGCAAGGGCAAUGGGAAGGACAGAAUAUUCGGGUCGUGUUCGUGGAAUGGGGAUUGGCCCAUUACCAGUUAGACCCACCUCUCGAUUAUCUGCAUCACGGUUGACUCAAGAAGCUGCGUUUAAAUCUCAAAUGGAUGAGAUGAUGAAAAAGUGGGAAGAAGAAAAAAGAAUAUCAGAUGAACGAUGGGAGGAAGAGAGGAGAAGGACAGAGGAAGAGAGGAGAAGAGCGGACGAAGAAAGGAGAAGAGCGGAUGAAGAGAGGAAACAAACUAAUGAAAGAAUUGCAAAACAAGAUCAAAUGAUGGAAAAAAAUGCAGACGAUGAUUGA